AUGGAAAGACCCAAGGACCAGAUAAAAUUAAACACCGAUUUAACUAGCCGAAUUCAAGUUUCUCAGAGGAUUUUGGAGAAACUUCAAAGAAUGAAAUUAGAUGAUAUUAAUAUCAGAGGGUCUUUACCAUCAUAAAGAAAUCCAGACAAGCAAUUGAAGUUGAGUUAAGAAUUUAAUUUGAAACUUGAGUCUUAGUCGUCCAUUGCUAAAAGCAAUUAUUAUACCCAUACAGAAAAGAACAGGCCAUACACUAAAACCAUGAAUCCCAAUGACUCUUAUAAUGAUUCAAUGAUGUCUUCAAAUGACAGAAGAAGAGUACUAACUACCAUGCUAAAUGAAAAUAGAAUAGGUGGAGAUUACUCGGGCACAGACACAUUAAACUCCUUCUUAUACGACAAUCAAGAAAAUAACCAUCUACACCCUGCCCAUCAUAAUUUAAACAAUAAUUAAAAUAAUGUACAUAAAAGUAACAACUAUAAGAACGGGAUGGGAGUAGUUAAUAGUGUAAAUAAUAUGAACAGCAACAGUAUCAGAUACUAUAAAAACUAAGAUAACAGGUAAGGUAAUUAGCCGAAAAGAGGUGAAGGGUCUGGAGAGGAGUAUUAAAGGACAGAAAGACCUAAAUAUAACAAUUAGUUAGGUCAAAGCAAUAUAUUGUCUCACUCACCCACUAUCAAUUAAGAUAGAUUUCAAAGUCACAGCAGCUUUACCAGUAGAUACAAUACUGAGAGAGAACAUCAAAACAAGCAAUAGAAUGAAAUUUGCAUGUAAUUACAGAGAAGAAAUGUUAAAGUCCUGACUAAUAAAAUGCUAAAAGAGCUUUAAGACUAGGUUAUUAAUCAAAAGGAGUAAAUCAAGAGAAAAUAACUUGAACAGCGACUUAUCCUUGAAAGAUAAAAAAAGGAAUAAUUGAGUCAAUAACUGUAACAAAAAUAAGAUCUAGAGAAAUCUUUCUCUUAGAUGUAUCUAAGUCAUUCUUAGGCUAAAUUCGAGACUCAAGAGCGACUUAAGCUAGAAAGAGAACAAAGAAUAAUGUUCGAAAGCAUUAAAAAAGCCCAACAGAUGAAACUUCAAAGGACUUAGCUCAAGAGUAAAUCCAAGGGGAGAAACUAGCUUACCAAAACUGCUAGCAGAAUGCGGAAAGAGGGUAGUAAGUAGAAAAGUAGAAAUGGCGGUGGCAUCCCACUUUCGACAAUUUUCUUGGUGGCCAGUAAUACAGCACUUGCCACCUACAUUCUUAUCAACAAGAUCAAGAACUGA